UGCCGUGGGGGCUCUGGGCAUGCGCAGAUCGGGGAGGCUGCGGGGCUACAGAAUAACGUCCACGUUUUGCUCCAGAUCAUCCCAUCCUCCCAGGGGGAAGGCAAUGGCUGCAAUGGAGCUGGCUCAGGGGCCGGUGACUUUCAAGGAGGUGGCUGUGUAUUUCACUAGGGAGGAAUGGGCUCUUCUGGACCCUGUUCAGAGAGCCCUCUACAGGGAUGUCAUGCAGGAGAACUAUGAGACGGUGACCUCGCUGGUAGGGUUUCCAGUUUCCAAACCUGAUAUGAUCUCCCAGGUGGAACGAGGGGAAGAGCCGUGGGUUCCAGACCUCCGUGGCUCUGAGAAAGAAGUGCUUCCAAGAGCUGCCUGCACAGGUGAUGGGAUGGUGAGUGAGAAUGAGGAGGAGAAACCCCAUCAGGAAGAUGCUGAGCAAAGAGAAGCACAUGGAAUGUCAUCAGGAAGAUCCAAAGAGAAUGUUUCCAGGAGUUGUGCACUCCCAGAAAAACCAAAAGCCUGUGAGACUCAGGGGAAGCCAGAGGGAAACUUUAGUAGCCUCUCAGACCUUAAAGCAAGCGGUUGAAUCAACUUGGACGAG